AUGGCCUUCAUCAAGUACCUGCUGCCCGCGCUGGCUGCCAGCCAAAUCGCCUUCGCUGCUUCUUCCGAUGACAAGUGCGGCGAUGCUGAGAUUCAGAACCAGGGCGAUGCGGAUGCCCUCGCUAGCUGCAAGACGAUCAAGGGUGACAUCAAGAUUGUUAAGGGCUACACCGGUUCCCUCGCCUUCAGCGGUUUUGAGCGUGUCACUGGUUCCAUUACCUGCCAAGGUGGUGAGAACGUGACCGAUAUCACCGCCGACAAGCUCGCCGAAAUUGGCGACUCUUUCAGCCUGGAGGGUCUGACCCGCCUGACCACUCUUGCUUUCGGUGGCCUGAACUCCGUCGGCUCUAUCAAGUGGAAUGCCCUUCCCAAGCUCCAGUCUUUGAACUUCAACUCCGGAGUCACCAAGGCUGGUGACGUUGUCAUCCAGAACACUGGUCUGACCUCCCUUGACGGUAUCUCCUUGAAGACCGUUGGCAUGUUCCAGAUUGAGAACAACCGCGACCUCAUGAAGAUCAACAUCAACAACCUCCAGAACGCCUCCGAUCUGAUCAACUUCUCUGGUAACUACGACCAGCUCGUGAUUGACCUGCCGAACCUCGGUACCGGUACCAACAUGACUUUCCGCAACAUCUCCAGCAUCUCGCUGCCCUCUCUGGAGAAGCUGACCGGCCAGCUCGGCUUCUGGGGCACUGAAUUCAAGACCUUCUCUGCCCCUAACCUGACCAGCACUGGUGACGUUGUCUUCAUGGACAACUCCAAGCUGACCAAUGUCUCCAUGCCCCUCCUGGACAAGGUCAACGGUGGCUUCAACAUCGCUCGUAACGACAAGCUCGCCACCAUCGACUUGCCCAAGUUGAGCAAGGUCACCGGUGCUAUUGACUUCUCUGGAAAGUUCAACACUGUUGACCUGAACGACCUGAACGAUGUUGAGGGUGGCUUCAACCUCCAGAGCACCGACGGUAACUUCAGCUGCAGCCACUUCGACAAUCUCCGCAGCAACGUCAUCAAGGGUAAAUACGACUGCGACGCCAAGACCGACCACCCCACCACCUCCACUGGUAAAUCCGGCACUUCUUCCAGCUCCGGCUCCAGCAGCUCUGGUGCUUCCACCAGCACUAGCUCUGGUGCUGCUGUUGCCAACGGUGCCAGCGUUGCUGUCACUGGUGUUGCCGCUUUCUUCUACGCUCUUUCUCAGCUCCUGUAA